GACCGAACUGUAGAUAUUAUUGAAUGUGCUAUAGGAUUAUUGAACAUUGUCCUUUUAAAAUAUCUAGUUGUGUUGUUUAGUGAUAAUUGUCGUGCCUUAUUAAUUUAUUUUAGAGUUUUUAAAAGGAGAUUACAUAGUCGAUUAGCUUAGUUGGCUUAUUCAGUUAAAAUGGAGGGCUUAUAUAAAAUUAAUUUGGUACCAUGCGAUCUGAGUACAGAAGAGACGAUACUGCAAAUAGCAGACACCCUUGACAAUCUGAACGGGAUAGUCGAAGAUGUGUUCGCGCGUCUGAAUCUCAGAAUAGAACAGAAUAAAGAAAAAGCGCUGAAGCUUUCGCAGAGAGUAGAAUCAUCAAAAGCUAAGGUUGAGAAAUUGACCGGCAUUCAGACGGCGAUCAAAGUGUUCUCGAGCGCCAAGUAUCCCGCAUCAAUCACGCAUGAACACUACCAAUCCAUAUUUGACCUGAAUGGAUACAAGCAUAAGCCUCAAAAGGUUACUCUGAGCAGGAAAUCUCAGGGGAUGGCCAAUGACAAACAAGUACAGGAAAGGCUCCACUUCUUCCACGUCAAAGUGGGUAAGCCUAAAAUCCCUGAACCAAAACCGGAUUUCGAUUUGAAAACCAUAGUCGAUACGUUAUCUACCGUGGGCGAGUUACUCGUCUUCAACACGGAUGAGAGCCCCUACCUUGGCAGUAAAACCAAGACACCGGCGUACGUGCCGAAUGUCGCCACUACCGAAAAUAGGAGUUUAUUGGAAGAAGCGCCUUCCUCUAUCAUGAAAAGAGAGCACUUGAAGAGAGAAAUCGAUGAAUACAUGUACGCGCCUGGAAUGGGGAUGGUCCCUGAACUGGAAAUGCCCAUUGAUCUACCAGACCUACCGGGCAUAGCCGGCGAUGUUCAAUUCUCCAUAGCCCAAGACGGCUCCAUAGCACCUUCAGCCGUUACCUCCCCUGUUGCGCCCGUUAAAGAAAUAAUAGAUCGUGAUCUACCAGAUCUAGCUGAUCUACCGGAUGUGAAAGAUCUCCCUGACAUAAAGGAUUUGCCGGAUAUAAAAGAUUUACCUGAUGUGUCAGUACCGAAUGUGCCGACGAUGAAGUUGGGUGCGAGAGACUUGCCGCCCCCGCCUCCGCCGCCUCCUCCACCACCGCCGAUGGAGCCCCCGACACCGAAGGAGACUCCUAGCAAAAGGUCUGAAGCCAAAGAAACCCCUGCGCCAACUGGGGAUGCCCACUCGAACCUGAUGGCCGCUAUACGACAGGCCGGAGGCGCUGGUCGGGCCAAGCUGCGACCGGCUGCUUCAUCCACUCCUUCCAAGUUCAUGUUGUUACAGCCUGGUGCGUCCGGCGGUGACCUGAUGGCCGACCUCCACGCCAAGCUCUCCAUGCGCCGGCGCGGCAUCUCCGGCGCCGAGCGGCACGGGGGCUCCGUGCUUCACACGCUGGCCAGCGUCAUCCCCGAGCCCGGCGAGUCGUCGCCGCAAGCCUCCUCCAGCGGCGACGAGUGGGAGUAAGACAACAAUAUAGUUACAACAUCAGGACGGCUCGCUCGUGCACGCGGCUAGCCAGGAACUGCUGCACAAGAAGUCCACCGAUUCAACACAGCUGGCCUCCAGCGGUCAUGAUUGGAACGAGCGGUACUAUAGAUUCUUGUCACCCAAUCUUUCUCUUAUAUGCUAUGUAUGCUAAUAGGCUAUUACGGCUAGUAGGGUAGGAACUGUUAGGGAGAGCCCGUAGUUCCAUCAAAUUUGAGUUAAUUUACCUAAGAAUUUAUGUAAGACGCCUAAAUUAAAUAGUCUUUCAUUCGAACUAUUACGUCGUACCACUUCUUAUCGUAGGCCGAAUCUUUCAGUCUUUGUAUUGGUUUAAGAUUAUAACCAUAUACAUACCUUCAAAUCGAGAGCUGCAUGGGAUUUGUACUACGAGUAAGAUUGAGAUUUGUCUAACAAUGUUUUCACAGAUAUUCAGGGCAUCUGGCGCCAACUUUUGAGUCCGACACAGACUGAGCGAUAAUAUACCAAAAUAUAUCCUAUAGCUUGGCAUCUUACGAUAAAUUCUACGUACCAUUUGACAAAGCCCACACACAAAGCUAUAAUAUAUAUUUUGGUAUCUUACGAUAUCUUAUAGCAAGGCAUCUUAAGAUACCAUGCGAUAAUAUAGCUCAGUAUAUUACGAUAUAUUUUGGUAUAUUUCGUCUCUCUCACAAUAUAGGUGGCUGUCGCCAGCGAUAUAUAUUUUGGUAUAUUAAUAUAUAUUAUCGCUCCGUCUGUGACGGGCUUUUAUAUACGUCGUGGUUCAUUUAAAGUUUUUUGACACGUUCGCUCCCAAAUUGCGACACCAUGCGUGCGUUUUGAUGCGUUGCGUAUUUUUAAACAUUCCGGCGCUAGAAUUAAAUCUGCAUAUCAUUCUUCCAAAGAUUCUUGUCACGUAUUUAUCAACCAUCGUAAUUUUUUUAUGCGUUUUCAUUGAAGCGUUGGUAUACAAUAAAUAGGUACCUACAUUCCUACCUGCACGCGUUUUGGUGGGCUGGCAUUAAUGCACGCAAUUUUAACCGAAAUAAUCAUUUAUUAAUCCAUCACAAUUCUAUAAAGAAAACGAUUAAACUAAAGAAAUAUGAGUCUAGUUCUUCAAUAGAAACUUUGGAAAGUGAAACCAUUAAUCUCUUCUCAAUAGAAGCCGACCAAUUAUAUCAAUAUCAAACAAUAAUAGAUAUCAAUAUAUCUCAAACAAACCUUAAGUUAUAGUAUCUAUACCACAGCAUAUAUAUUUACUAUAUCAAAUUGCUUAAUUGUGUAUUCAGUGUUUCUUUGGAAUUCGCGGAAAAUAGCGGAAUAUGCAAAUACUUAUUGUAUACAAUCGAAUUCGAAAUAGUAUUUACGUAAACCUCAUAGACCCGAAGCCACGCGUCAGUUCGGCAAACAUUUCGAUUUCCGCAGCCAUUACGUAUUUGUCCGGUGGAUACCCGGCUUUUAGAAGUACUAACCAAUUUCUCGGCUUAAUUUACUUUAUGGGGUUUUCCUGCUCUCAAACGUAGUGUACUCUCAUGGUUACGCGAGUACGGGCGAAUUAUUUUAGGACGCCAGUGUAACGUGAACCAGAUAUCUAAGUAAGUUUAUUCUCUAAUACCGGUAUGACAUGUUAGGUAUCUCGAGGACCUACAUACAUACACUUGCUUAUCCACCUCGGAGAUGACGCAGAAAUCAAUAUUGUGACGUGUAUAGAUUACAAUCAAUCAAAAGACUUGCAUAAUUAAAUCAACUGAUUACUAGUACUUGUUAGAUAUUCAAAGGACAACUCUCCGUAGCAUUCUUUUUUACACGAAAACUACCUGAAACUACAAAUCUAUUUCCACUCCGUUCCCCGUCAGUACAUUCGUAGAAGCGAGUAUAAUUAUAUGAAUUGACGCGAGAUUUAUCGGGUAUUUACGAUGAUAUACUAAGAAACGUGUGUAACGUAAUGAGCUGGUUCAUAACUUAUUUGUUCAAGUUAUAAAUAAGGUCGCUGGGAUAUACGUCGUGAAACAGAAUUUCCAAUCAUGGUUAGUUAAACAAAGAUUUUUAUCGACUUUGUUGUUUAUUAUUUAAAUAUAAGUGAGUUUAUAUUAAGACUAUAACGACGUUGCUAGCAUACAAAACCACUUGUUGAUCAAUCAUAUGAAUAAAUCGUUAGGUAUAAGGUCAAGAAAUAUGAUUUCUGACCCGAUUACACCUUUUCACAGUGACAAGGGACGAUAUAAGUUCCAUAGCGGCUUUCAUACUAAUUGCCACUGUCACAGCGUAUGAAGUGGCACAAACAUCAAAUUCCGUUACUGUUCGUUAAUUCAUAUAAGGUAGGGAAAAGCAGAUAUAUUUGAAGCCAUCCAAUAGAGCUACUAUCAAAAGAGCUUUGAGUUGUUUCAUAAACAAGCCGUCACAAUCUACAUUUGGUACCGGUGCAGCGCAGUGGUGACGUCUGUUUACUCACGAACGCGUCACUGACCAAACAUCGCACUCGUGCGUGUUCGUUCCAACUGAUAGCGUGUAUUUGUUUUUGUUUAAAGCUAAUUUUAAACGGGUGGAGGGUUAUUCUGGCAUCCAUCGAGAACAUUUUUUUUUUUGAAGUUUUAGUAGAGUUCAACCCGUAAAAAACGUAUUAACUAAAAAUAAACUCCCAACGAUAAUGUCCAAAACUCAUUACCGCGCUCAGUUGGUUGCCAGUUUUUUACCGAACCCGAUAAAACUAGCGUGUAUGAAUCCCCGUGCUAUUAUUAUUACCAAAUGUAUAUUUAGGUCAGGGCUUUCCAAACUACGGUCCGUUAGCCGAAACAAUUUGGCCCACGAAAGGAGACAAAACAAUACAAUCCGGCCCGCGAAUACCACUAAUUCCAAUAUAAACCGGCCUGCAAAAACGGAGCAGAGGCCGCGUUGUGGCCCUCAUGACAAAAAGUUAGGAGACCCCUGCUAGGUUAAUCAAACCAGAGCUAGUUUUCAGUCUGACUUCAAGAUUUGUAACAACUGUUUUAAUCGAUGAUCUACUUAUACAGCAUCUUAUCAGGGCGAUCGGGAAUAACUGGUUUUUCGUAUAAAAGGUGGCAACGACGCGAGUUUCACAUCACUAACGCAGGAGUAAGAACGUAUAAGAGUACAGUUUCAUACAAAUGUUUUUGAGACUUUACGACACUAAACAGCCGCGCCUGUAUACGUGAUCGUUGCUCGUUUCGGGGAGGUACAGUUUUAUAAAUCUAAACGGGUAGCAUUCUUAAAAAAAAAAUCUUCUUAAUCGGCUCCAUCCGUUGUCAUUAUUACCGUUUUAGGCUUGUAAAGUUGUCGCCCGUGUAUAUGACAAACGGUCAGAGAAAAUGCAUAGUACUUUAAAAAUGUUUAUUAUAAAUGCGGAGCGCUAAAAAAAUACGGAAUUUAAAGAUGGCGUCAAAAUUGAAUAGUACAACAUUAUUUAUACAACACGUUCGUAUUAACUCGUUGCUCUGUUCCGUCCGUUUACUCCCGCGCCUUUCCCCGCGUUAAUGCAAGUAUAAUGGCGUAAGCUUCCCCGAAGCUGCGCGCGCACAUAAAUCCGCCCAGCUGAUAUCGGAAAAGGCUCUAUAUUAGAAUAAUCACAUUUCUCACUAAGGGGCUAUCUCUUUUUUAAUUCCGAGAAGGGACGCGAACUAUCGCGGCGGACGAUUAGUGAUUACAUACAAAAACCAAGGUUUAUUUAGUUAGAGACUCGUAAAUAACAUAGACUUGACGUUGACGUCGUAUUACCAUUUAUCCGUUCGAAGCCAUUGACCUCAAUGCGAAAUGCAAUGAAAGUUCUACGAGGCAAGAGUGAAAAAGCUGUUAGUUACAAUUUCGGCUCGGCAAUUUCCAUCACUCGUAUCAGGGAAUAUUAGGGUGAGUGUGAGUCGCAAGUCGCAAUUGUUAUUCAGUUUGUAAUUAAAAUGACUCUUUGGUGCCUUAUCAUUAUUGCGGAUGGCGCGUUUCCUCUGUUCUAGGUCAAAAUAUACAAUAAAUGUGUAAUUUGCCCUUUAUUCUGCAGAAUAAAUAUAUGAGUUUCUUAUUAGUUAGCUAGCAAAUGAAAGUAGUCAAACAGCGACUCAAAAUAUAUCAAAAGAAUCCCUCGCUAAGUGACGCCAUUUGCAACAGGUUGGCGCUACUGUGGAGAGAUUGAUAGUCUAGUCUAUACAUGUCUUUUCUUUAUAAAUUUACUACACAGCUCAAUACGUAUUUU